CUUCACUAGCAGACUACAUGUUUUGAUGCUCCUGUGGAGUAGGGAGUCUGUUGUUUAUUUUGAUAGAGUUUUUCCACAUUUCUUUAUUGAUUUUGACGUGCGAGUCCCCAAGAAUCGCCUCCAGUUUUGUGCCAGUAGUUCUGCUCUAGCCGUCCAUCAUGUCGAAGCGAACGUACGAUGAAAUGUCCAGUGCGGAGAUUUUGGAGAGGGACCUGGCGGGAGAUGGACCAAAGAAGGCUGAACCCGCAAUUAUAAAGAAUUCUCUCGAUUCCGACGAGGAGGAUGAUGGUGACGAAAAGAAUUACGAUAUUCUUGCAGAUGACGACAUCGAGGGUCAGGAAGAGGGUUUAGCUGUUCAAGAAGGUGGCGUUCACAUCACUCCUUUUAACAUGCAUGAAGAGAUGGAGGAAGGCCACUUUGAUACAGAAGGGAACUACCACUGGAAGAAAGAUAAGGAGAUUCGGGACAACUGGCUUGAAAAUGUGGAGUGGGUAAAUAUAAAAAAUGCCAAAACAGGUGUUGAAGGUGAAGAAUCCUCUGCUGCUGAUUUGUCUGAAGUAAAUCCUCCUCCAGAGUCACCUUUUGAUGAGAUUGGCAGCUACAAAAAGAUUCUGGAGUUUAUGAAACCUAAAGAAACUGUCAAAAGAGCUUUACAAAGAUUAGGUGGUUCUGGUAGCCUGUCUGCCUCAGAAAGAUUGCGCCGAAAGAAAGCAGGGCUGGACCUUGGUAAUCCUGGUGACAAGCAGGCAGUAACAGAUCUUUCAGAGAUAGCAAAUCGCAUUUUAAGUAGGACUGGUAACAUGGAUAUUUAUCAAGAAACGUAUGAAUAUAUUUCACAACAGAUCUCAACCUUUGAAAAUAAAGAGAAGAUACAACCAACUAAGGCUGUGGAAGCUGAACUGGACAUGUAUGCAGAUGACUUUGACACAAAAGCAAAGGAACAGAAAGUCCGCAAGGAAGAAGCGGCAGCAACAGCAGAAUCUAACUUAAAAGCCAGUCAGGAAGAUGGAGAAUACAGUAAAGAACCUGAAGUAACAUGGGAAUACAAAUGGAAGAAAGAUGAUGACAAGAUCAACGGUCCUCAUAACUCAGAACAGAUGCAGAAGUGGUUAGAUGAGGGGCACUUCAAGGGGGAUGAGUGGGUGAGGAAAGUAAGAACCGAUGGGGAAAGUGAAUUUUACUCAAUUAAGAGGGUUGAUUUUGAAUUGUAUUUGUAAAGCUGCCACCUGUUAUCUGUCAAAAACUUCCUGGUGUUUUAAUUAAUGCAAUACCAUAAGCAUUUCUGCACACCUUUUGGUGAAUCAAAUCACAUAGUUCUCCUUUGUAUGAAUUGUUAUGACUAUCUCUCUGUAUUUGUUACGACCUGUUUCUUUAUGUUUUGCUUCACUUUUCAACUCAUUCCGUAAAACAAAUCAUGACUGAAAUACACUUUGUGUCAAAAAU